CGGGCGCGGGAAGAGGCGGCGGGAGAAUGGAGGUGCGGGAGAGCGGCGGUGGCGCAGGAGAGCUGGGGGCCCAGGACCCUGCCCCCGCCUCCAGCAAGACCGCAGGCAGCGCUAGCCACUACGAGCUGCCGUGGGUUGAAAAAUACAGGCCAGUAAAGUUGAACGAAAUUGUCGGGAAUGAAGACACUGUGAGCAGGCUGGAGGUCUUUGCAAGAGAAGGGAAUGUGCCCAAUAUUAUCAUUGCGGGCCCCCCAGGAACGGGCAAAACGACAAGCAUCCUGUGUUUGGCACGUGCCCUGCUGGGCCCAGCGUUCAAGGACGCGGUCUUGGAGCUCAACGCCUCAAAUGACAGGGGCAUUGAUGUCGUGAGGAACAAAAUCAAAAUGUUUGCCCAGCAGAAAGUCACCCUUCCCAAGGGGCGACACAAGAUCAUCAUCCUCGAUGAAGCAGACAGUAUGACUGACGGGGCCCAGCAAGCCUUGAGGAGAACCAUGGAAAUCUACUCCAAAACGACGCGCUUUGCUCUUGCCUGUAACGCUUCGGAUAAAAUCAUAGAGCCCAUCCAGUCCCGCUGCGCGGUCCUGCGCUACACAAAGCUGAGCGAUGCCCAGGUCCUGGCCCGGCUGAUGGCUGUGCUCGAGCAGGAGAAGGUGCCCUACACAGACGAUGGACUGGAGGCCAUCAUCUUCACCGCCCAGGGAGACAUGAGGCAGGCGCUGAACAACUUGCAGUCAACUUUCUCAGGAUUCGGCUUCAUCAACAGCGAGAAUGUGUUCAAGGUCUGCGACGAGCCCCACCCCUUGCUGGUGAAGGAGAUGAUCCAGCACUGCGUGACCGCCAACAUCGAUGAAGCCUACAAGAUUCUUGCUCACCUGUGGCAUCUCGGCUAUUCGCCGGAGGACAUCAUCGGCAACAUUUUUCGAGUGUGUAAAACCUUCCAGAUGGCAGAGUACUUGAAACUGGAGUUCAUCAAGGAAAUUGGAUACACUCACAUGAAAAUAGCAGAAGGCGUGAACUCACUUCUGCAGAUGUCAGGGCUCCUGGCCAGGCUGUGUCAGAAGACAAUGGCCCCGGUGGCCAGUUAGGGCGGAGAACUCAUCGGAUCGGGUGACAAGAGCCCUCCUCGUCCGUGAGACCUCUGAUUCGGAGAAAAGUGCUGCCUGAGACCAGCAUGGGGACGCGCCUUCCUUUCACACAGUCAUGGCCUCACCUUCACGCGGCUGCCACUCGUGUUUGCGUUCAGCCUCAGACUCACGGACGCGGUGACAGAUGGAAAGGCCCCAGAGAACCCCCGGGGCAUGACACCCAGUCUGGGCCUGUGUGGCAUUUCAGCUCAUAAAAAAGCCGCACAGGGGCGCCUGGGGAGCUCAGUGGAUUGAACGUCCGAUUCUUGAUCUCGGCUCCAGUCAUAUUCACAUGGUU